GGAGGGCGCAGCACCAUGUGGUUGCAGGCGCUGCUCUUCCUCGCCCCCCUUCUCCUCCUCCUCGUCGUCCUCCUCCCCCUCCUCUUCCUCCUGCUCCCGCGGGUCCCGGGCAGCCGCAACCCCUUCGCCACCGACACCCGGCGCCCGCCCGCCCCACUCGUCACCGACAAGGCUGUGCGCAGGACUGUCGUCAAGACAGUGUUCUCGGCAGAGAAGGUGCCCCAGAAGCUCGAUGCCAUCGUGGUGGGCAGCGGCAUCGGUGGCCUGGCGGCUGCUGCGCUGCUGGCUAAGGCUGGCUGGCGCGUGCUGGUGCUGGAGCAGCACGGGAAACUGGGGGGAUGCUGCCACACUUUCACCGAGAAAGGCUUUGAGUUUGACACUGGGAUCCACUAUGUGGGGCAGAUGGAGGAGGGCUCCUUGAUGCGAUUCCUGGUGGACCAGCUGACAGAUGGGCAGCUGGAGUGGUCCCCGCUCCCGGCCACCUACGAUGCCGUGGUUUUGGGGGACCCCCAGGGUACUGGCAAGACCUUCCACAUCCAUUCUGGGAAGAGGGAGUAUUUCCAGAGGCUGAAGGAGCAGUUCCCUGGGGAGGUGGCAGCCAUCGAUGAGUUCCAGCGAUUGGUGAAGAGUGCUGGCCGCGGGGUUGUGCUGCUGGGGAUCCUGAAGAUGCUCCCGCGGUUCCUGACUGGGCUCCUGAUCCGCUCCAGGCUGCUCCCACGUCUCUGCUCCUUUUCCCAUCUGGCCUCACGCAGCCUCAAGGAGGUGGUGGAUGGUCUCACCCCCAACCCUGAGCUCCGGGCUGUCCUCAGCUACAUGUUCCCCACUUACGGUGUGCUCCCCUCCAAGGCCAGCUUCUCCAUGCACAGCAUCCUAGUGAACCACUUCCUCCAUGGUGCCUCGUACCCCAAGGGUGGGGCUGGGGAAAUUGCCUUCCACACCAUUCCUGUGAUCCGGAAGGCUGGAGGCAAUGUGUUUGGGAAGGCACCGGUGCAGAGGAUCCUGCUGGACACCCAGGGCAGAGCCUGCGGCGUGAGCGUCAAAAAAGGCCAAGAUUCGGUGGAUAUCUUUGCUCCCGUGAUCAUUUCGGAUGCUGGGAUCUUCAACACCUAUGAGAGGCUGCUGCCGGCGGAGGCGCGGGCUCUGCCGGAGAUCCAGUCCCAGCUCCGCAUGGUGACCCCCGGUGAGGGGGGUUUCACUGUCUUCGUUGGCCUCAACGGCUCGAGGGAAGAGUUGGGGCUGGAACCCAUCAACUACUUCAUGUUCCCAGGGAGCGAUCUGGAUGGAAUCAUGAAGCGCUACCUGGCUUCAUCCAGAGAAGAAGCUGCCAACAACAUCCCUCUCCUCUUUGUCACCUCGCCAUCAGCCAAGGACCCCACCUGGCAAAUGAGGCACCCAGGUAAAUCCACGCUGGCCAUUGUCACCUUCGCCAGGUAUGAGUGGUUCGAGGAGUGGAAGGACAAGCAGGUCCACAAGCGGGGGGAUGACUAUGAGGACCUGAAGAAGACUUUUGUGGAUGCUAUCAUGCAGACUGUCUUCAAGCUCUACCCUCGCAUUGAGGGCCGGAUCGAGUACCUCUCGGGUGGGACUCCCCUCACCAACCAGCACUACAUCGCCAGUCCCCACGGGGAGUUCUAUGGCACCGACCACGGCAUACCCCGCCUGCAGGUCGAAACCAUUGCCACCAUGCGGGCAGAGACGGCUGUGCCUGGCCUCUACCUGACAGGACAGGAUUUGUGCCUGGGGGGUUUCAUGGGAGCCCUGCAAGGAGCCCUCAUCUGCGCCAGCACCAUCCUCAAGCGCAACCUCUAUGUGGACGUGGCGCGGCUGAAGAUGCGCUUGCAGGCCACCAACUCCAAGAAGGGAGACUAAAGCUUGCUGUCCCAGCACCAUGGACCCCUGCUCCCCACCACAUCACCCCCACCUCACUCUCAGCUGUCAUGCACCUGUAGCAGAUCCAUCUCUAUGCCACACCGAGGGAUUUCAAUCCAGGAAGAUGCUGUUCCCAUUCCCAGACAGAUUGUGUUGGAUCUCACCCCCACCAAAAAAUGCAUCCCCUUCCACCAUGAUGUCCAGCACUGGUCCCUGGCCAUGAAGGGAAUCUCCAAGAGCUGUCGUGGCCAGGAGAGAAGUCAAGAUAACCCCAAAACAGGUGGCACCAGCAGGUACCAGCAUGACCCAGCAGCUCCCAUGGUACCAGCAGCUGCCUGAUCCCAUUGGGAUCACUGACCUCCACCUGCAGCCCCAGAGCUGUCUGAGAGCAGUGGCACUUGCAGGCUGUCCAGUGCUUCCAGAAUCAUUCCUGGGAGCAGCAGGACCCUAGCUCCCCAGUAUUCCCAAUGUUUGGGUGCUGCUCUCCCCGCAUUGCCCCAAGGUAUCCGUGGCACACGCACACGCGCCUUUAGCAGCAACAAAGUCCUUCUGUCUGCUGGUAAAAGCUUGGGAACAGGAUCAAAGUCCUCUCCAGAUGGAAAGGGAAGCACGUGAGACUGGAAGUAAUAAAAUAGUAAUAAUGAU